AUGAACUCUUAUGGUAAUUAUUUACCUCACCGUGCAGUGAUAAAACUAAGCAGCAGCACUACUCCAAUUCGUCCGGUGUUUGACGCUUCAGCGAGAUUAGCAAAUUAUCCAUCUUUGAAUCAGUGCUUGGAAUGUGGUCCUAAUCUCAUUGAGCUUAUUCCAAAUAUUCUUCUUCGAUUCAGAGAGGGACAGCUUGGCGUUAUAGCUGACAUCAGGAAAGCUUUUCUGCAAAUUAGUAUUCGUAAAGAGGAUAGAGACUUCCUUCGGUUUUUGUGGUGGGAAAAUAGAGAAGAAAAGAAAUUGAGAGUUUUUCGUCACACAAGAGUUGUUUUUGGGGUAAAAUGUAGCCCUUUUCUUUUAGCUUCAGUAAUUGAGUACCAUAUUCAAAAAUGUGAAGGAUUUGAAAAAUCUUUGAAGAAAAGACUUUUGGAGAGUUUCUACAUUGAUAAUGUCGUUACUAGUGUCGACAGUAAAGACCAAUUAGAUCGAUUCAUUGACAAUUCUAAAACCUUGAUGGCAAAAGGUGGUUUUGAUCUUAGAGAAUGGGAAUGGUCUGGCGACUGUGAAACUAAUUCAAAGGAAGAAACUCAGGUAUUAGGUCUUAUUUGGAAUAAGAAAUUAGACACUUUGAAAAUUAACAUGAAAUGGCUGGAUGGCAUUAAUGUGGAAAAAGUAACUAAAAGGAGUAUGUUAUCUACAGUACAUAAAGUAUUUGAUCCUUUUGGAUUCACUGCACCAGUGAUGCUCUGUCCAAAAAUAAUGCUACAAAAGGCAUGGACAUUAGGUACAAGUUGGGAUGAAGAAAUUCCUAGGUGUGUUCAAGCAUCUUCAAAAGAUAUAAGCAACUGCACUAUUCAUACGUUUGUUGAUGGGAGCAAAGAUGCAUAUGCUGCUGUUACAUUCCUUAGAAUAGAAAAUAAUGGUCGAAUCGAGCUAUUUCUACUUGCAGCGAAAUCUCGAGUGGCUCCUUUAAGAGGCACAACUAUCCCAAGAAUGGAACUUCUUGCGGCGGUGAUUGGAGCGAGGCUAGCGAAUUCAGUUGUUGAAGCUCUUGGUUGGAAAAAUGUUACGAUAUAUUACUGGAGUGAUUCUACAACAGUGCUUGCAUGGAUAUUACGAGAAGAAAAUUGGUCUGUCUUCGUUAGGAACAGAGUCCAAGAGAUAAGGAAGUUGAGUAAUCCUACAUCAUAG